AAUGACUUUCUUCAUUACAAAACAUUGAAAAGACGUAAGAAGUUACAAAACCGUUCGAAGGACAGAAACAAAAAUUAUUAUGCAAAUAUGGCUAGCUUGAGCCGAGUACCACUGUCUCUUUCGUGUUUUUCAGGAAUUAAGAAUUCUCCGGCUCAGCUAGCUAUUGUCCAGAAAAGAUGUAAGAGUACAUACGGACCAUUAAAAGAUGAGGACAGAAUCUUCACAAAUUUGUACGGCAGACAUGACUGGAAACUCAAGGGAGCUAUGUCUAGGGGAGACUGGUACAAAACAAAGGAAAUACUCUUAAAGGGUCACGAGUGGAUCUUGAAAGAGAUUACCACAUCAGGCCUCCGAGGCAGGGGCGGGGCUGGGUUUCCCACAGGGAUGAAGUGGGGCUUUAUGAACAAGCCAAGUGAUGGGAGGCCUAAGUACCUGGUAGUGAAUGCUGAUGAGGGAGAGCCAGGGACCUGUAAAGACAGGGAAAUCAUGAGACAUGACCCCCACAAGUUGGUGGAGGGAUGUCUGGUAGCUGGACGCUCCAUGGGAGCAUGUGCAGCCUACAUCUACAUCAGAGGGGAGUUUUAUAACGAGGCAUCUAACCUACAGGUGGCCAUCAAUGAGGCAUAUGCUGCUGGACUGCUGGGUAAGAAUGCUUGUGGUUCUGGGUAUGACUUUGAUGUCUUCGUUCACCGAGGAGCAGGGGCCUAUAUCUGUGGGGAAGAAACGUCCCUGAUUGAGUCAUUGGAGGGUAAAGCUGGCAAGCCCCGCCUAAAGCCCCCGUUCCCUGCAGAUGUGGGAGUGUUUGGAUGUCCUACGACAGUAGCUAAUGUGGAGACAGUGGCUGUGGCCCCAGCAAUCUGUAGAAGAGGAGGUGAAUGGUUUGCUUCGUUUGGAAGGGAGAGAAAUAGGGGAACUAAACUGUUUAACAUCUCGGGACACGUCAAUAACCCAGUAACAGUGGAGGAGGAGAUGUCCAUAAGUCUGAAGGAACUGAUCGAGAGACACGCUGGGGGAGUCAUCGGGGGCUGGGACAACCUCCUGGGGAUCAUUCCAGGGGGGUCCUCUACCCCAAUCAUUCCUAAGAGUGUGUGUUCAGAUGUAAUGAUGGACUUUGAUGCCUUGGUACAAGCCCAGACCAGUCUGGGGACAGCGGCCGUCAUCGUCAUGAAUAAAGACGCUGACGUCAUAAGGUGUAUCUCUAGACUGAUCGAGUUCUAUAAACACGAGAGCUGUGGGCAGUGUACACCCUGUAGAGAAGGUGUUGGAUGGAUGGCAAAGAUCAUGAAACGGUUUGAGACUGGGAACUUCAAGGAAGGGGAGAUAGACAUGCUGUAUGAAAUCAGUAAACAGAUUGAGGGUCACACAAUUUGUGCCCUGGGGGAUGGAGCUGCCUGGCCAGUACAGGGACUAAUUCGACACUUCAGACCUGUGUUACUAGAGAGAAUUGAGCAGUUUAAACAAACACAACAAAAAACGGCAACUGCUUGAUAAUGAUAUGACUGGACAAGUUAUAUGUGACAUUUUGAAAUUCUCUAUUAAAAAAAAGGUGUUAACUUAACUUGUUACUACGUUGUUGAUGUGUAAAUAAAUUGUAGAAUGUAUGAUAAAACAGAAA